AGCGCUUAAGGGAACGCCGUGGCGGCUCCGGGAGCCCCGGCGGAGCGCAGCGGCACCGGAGGUACCGGAACGGCACCGGGAGCGCAGCGCCGGAACGCGGCCAUGCCCUGCAUCCAGGCGCAAUAUGGCACAGCCACCGCCGGCCCCUGCGAUCGCUGCCCGAGCGAACUGCUGAGUCCGGAGGGCGGCCGAUACCCCAUGGAAGUGCCCGGCGCCGACCCCACCGCCGCUCCGGCUCUGCCCAGCUUCAGCACCUUUAUGGAGAGCUACGCCGGGGAGUUGGACGCCUUCCUUUGCCAGCUGCCGGCCGGCGGGCAGCACUUCAGGCUGGAGGAGCUGCAGGUGUACGGCUGCUACCCCGCGGCCUUCGGGCAGCACGAGGAGACCCUCUCCUCCUCCUCCUCCUCCUCCUCUUCCUCCUCCUCCAGCGGGUCGGACUGUUACGGCAGCCCCUGCUCCAUCCCGUCACCGAACUUCCCCGCUCCCCAGGCUCCGGGCUGGGACGGCUCCUUCGGGCCCUAUUCACCCAAUUACGACGGGGGGCGGCAGUGGGGCGAGGCGGUGAAGGGCGGCGGUGCGCAGCCCCAAUUCUUCUUCGCGCCCCCCAACCCCGUCGGUUCUCCGAAGGACCCCCGCCUGAUGGACGCGGAUCCCUUCGCUCUGCCCCACGGAGCGGCUGGGGCUUUCCCUGGGUUACCCCUCACCCCGACGUCGCCGUUGCUGGAGGGACCCCCGCUGCCCCCCGCCCCCAAAACGCGCGGCCCCGGAGCGGCUGAGGGACGCUGCGCCGUCUGUGGGGACAACGCGUCGUGUCAGCACUACGGAGUGCGAACCUGCGAGGGCUGCAAAGGCUUCUUCAAGCGCACGGUGCAGAAGAACGCCAAGUACAUCUGCCUGGCCAACAAGGAUUGCCCCGUGGACAAGAGGCGGAGGAACCGCUGCCAGUUCUGCCGCUUCCAGAAGUGCUUGGCCGUGGGCAUGGUCAAAGAAGUGGUUCGGACCGACAGCCUGAAGGGUCGCCGCGGCCGCCUGCCCUCCAAACCCAAACAGCCGCCGGAUGCGUCGCCCGUCAGCCUCAUCACCUCCCUGGUGCGGGCGCACAUCGACUCCGUGCCCAGCGCCACCAAGUUGGAUUACUCCAAGUUCCAGGACUCGGUUCCGUGCCACCUGGAGAAGGAGGACUCGGUGGACGUGCAGCAGUUCUACGAUCUCCUCACGGGUUCCAUGGACGUCAUCCGCAAAUGGGCUGAGAAGAUUCAGGGCUUCACCGAGCUGCCGCGGGAGGACCAGGAUCUGCUGCUGGAAUCUGCCUUCCUCGAGCUCUUCAUCCUGCGCCUGGCCUACCGCUCCAAGCCGGAGGAAGGGAAGCUCAUCUUCUGCAAUGGGGUGGUGCUGCACCGGCUGCAGUGCGUGCGGGGCUUCGGCGAGUGGAUCGAUGCCAUCCUGGAGUUCUCGCACAGCCUGCAUCGCAUGAGUGUUGACGUGCCUUCCUUCUCCUGCCUCGCCGCCCUCGUCAUCAUCACGGGUGAGGUGGCACGGGGCACCACGUGGCCCUAUUUGGGGUCCCCGUGGGGUUCUGAGCUGUAGGUCCUCAGUGGCCCCACUUGGGUGUCCAAGGGAGUCCCUUCUCCGGUGGUGCCCCCAGUGGUCCCACAUUGGGUUCCUGUGGGGUCUCCACACCAUCCAUGUCCCCAGUAACCCACACUGGGUUCCCAUGGGGUUUCCAUGCCAUCCACGUCCCCAACGCCCCACAUUGGGUUCCUGUGGGGUCUUCAUGCCAUCGGUGUCCUCAAUGUCUUGCGUUGGGUUCCCAUGAAGUCUCCACGUGGUUGGUGUCCUCAUUGGGUUCCUAUGGGGUCUCCAUGCAGCCAGUGUCCUCAGUGGCCCCAUAUUGGGUUCCCACGAGGUCUCCACACCAUCCGUGUCCCCAAUACCUCAUAUUGGGUUCUCAUGAGGUCUCCAUGUGGUUGGUGUCCUCAAUACCCCACACUGGGAUCCUAUGGGGUCUCCAUGCUAUCAGCAUCCCCCAUACCUCACACUGGGGUUCCCAUGGGGUCUCCAUGUGUUCAGUGUCCCCCAAUACCCCACCCUGGGUUCCUGUAGGAUCUCCAUGCUAUCAGUGUCCUCAAUGGCCCCACACUGGGUUCCCAUGGGAUCUCCAUGUGGUUGGUGUCCCCAGUACCCCACAUUGGGUUCCCAUGGGGUCUCUAUGUGUUCAGUGUCCCCAGCACCCCACAUUGGGUUCCUGUGGGGUCUCCACAUGUUCGAUGUCCCCAAUACCCCACACUGGGUUCCCAUGGGGUCUCUAUGUGUUCAGUGUCCCCAACACCCCACAUUGAGUUCCUAUGGGGUCUCCACAUGUUCGAUGUCCCCAAUACCCCACACUGGGUUCCCAUGAGAUCUCCAUGUGGUUGGUGUCCCCAGUACCCCACAUUGAGUUCCUAUGGG